CUUCUUGGGCUGUGCUUACUAAGCCGGCGCGGCGCGGGGAGUCUGCACAGGUUCCCGCUGGUUCGCGUCCCGCCCGGGGAGUGGACGUGUGUGCACGACGCGCUGGUUUUAUGACGGUGAUGAUGAAGCUCUGCGUAUCCUGGGGAUAAAGAGCCCGCCGCCCAUGCUAUUGGAGGGCUGGAGAUAGAAAACGUCACUUUCCACCAUGAAGGAUUCUUCUGGAGAUGUUGGUUUAAUGGGAUUGUGGAAGAGAAUGAUUCCAAUAUCUGGCAGUUCUGGUACACCAAUCAGCCACCAUUGAAGAACUGCACGCAUGCUUACCUGUCGCCAUAUCCCUUCAUGAGAGGAGAGCACAACUCGACCUCCUAUGACUCUGCAGUUAUUUACCGUGGCUUCUGGGCGGUCCUGAUGCUUCUUGGGGUAGUUUCUGUGGUGACUGCGAGCUUUUUGAUCAUCUGCGCAGCCCCCUUCGCCAGCCAUCUUCUCUAUAAAGCCGGGGGAGGCUCCUACAUCGCCGCAGGCAUCCUGUUUUCCUUGGUGGUGAUGCUGUAUGUCAUCUGGGUCCAGGCAGUGGCUGACAUGGAAAGCUACAAAAACAUGAAAAUGAAAGACUGCUUGGAUUUCACCCCUUCUGUGCUGUACGGCUGGUCAUUUUUUCUGGCCCCAGCGGGGAUAUUUUUUUCUUUGCUAGCUGGAUUACUAUUUCUAGUAGUUGCACGGCAUAUUCAGUUACAUCACUAAUCAAACUGUUGCCACCAGUAUUUUCUUGAGAGAUUUUAAAACAGAGCAUUUUUUUUUUUAAUUUUGUCUCUGUGAUCCUGGCAUAGAAUGAGUUGAUGUAACUUUUUAGUUGCUAUGUGAAUUAUCCAUUUUACUUGGGAUCUUCUCUAAUAAGAGGGUCCUAGAAUCUCUCCAGACUCCAUCUUGCUUCCAUCUUAUCUAAGUGCUCUCAAGAAUCUAGUUUUUUAGGGAACAGGUAACAUGGGCCUUCCCUUCACUGCACUUGUUAGAGUUUGCGGGUAACAAAGGCCUGGCAGUAGCAGAAAACAGUCACCAGGGGCAAAUCAUGAUUUGAGUUAAGCGUCCUCCUUGGCAUUCACUUCUGCUGCUCUUAAAAAAAUCCUUUGGAAUCCCAUAUCUGAUAAGAGGUUAAAAUCCAGAAUAUAUUAAGAACUCCUACAGCUUAACAACAGUAACAGCAGCAACAACAAAGCAAAUACCAGAUUUAAAAAGGGGCAAAGGACCCGAGCGGAUGUUUCUCCAAAGAUGAUGUGCAAAUGGCCAAAAAAAAAAGUCCUUUGGAGAUUAAUUAAGAACAACAAACAAAUGUUGUCAGAGAAUUUACUCCAUUUCUUCUCCACACACAUAAAUAUCCACAUACACAUGUACUGACACCUGCGAGCAGAUUAUUCAUUAUUUAAAAAUAGACAGCAGUUGUUCUUGUAGCAGGGGCUGCGUGAACUCACCAGUUACAACGGGUCACAACAAAAACAACAUGUACUUAUUCCACUUCCUUACGAAAAACAAGUUUGGUUAUGUAACGUAUUCACUUAAUUGUGCAUGCUUACAUAAAUCUUAAACUAUAUUUAAAAGAAGCAAAUCUGUACACCAAAUCACAUACAAUGAAGAUUGGAUUUUUAUGAACUUAAAGUGGGUUAAUUGUAUAUGUAAUAUGGUUGAAAACAUGUAAAAACCAAGCGCCUUCACUUUGUACAUAAUUCUAUUCGAUAUUUUUAGAUUUCAUUUAAAAAUUAUAUUGCUAUAUGUUCAGCAUGUGAAAAUUUAUUGAUGAAAUGUGCUUUUAAUAUGCACUCAGCUAUAAACUUUCGAAAUAGUUCCAGAUGAGGAUGAUAACAGCCUUGCUUUAUUAAAGACCGUGAAAUGUGAACUUUUCCCAAGAUCUUACGGGUUAUAGUUCUGAUCAUUUGAUUCCCUUAACGGUCGUCUCUCCCUGUCUUCAGCUUUACGGCAGGUAUGUUAACAUGUACAGAUCUGCUAUUUCCUUUAACCUCUUGGAAGAUAACGUUUUGGGGAUGGUUGUGGGAAUUAUUCUUUAUUAUUCACUAGAGUAGACAUUUUGCAUAUCAAAGAUUUUUGUUUGGCACUAAUUUUGAUUGAAAUCAAAUCCAUCUGAGAAGCCUAGGUCGUAUUUGCAUUUUGGAAGCCUCCUGACAGAGGAGUUCCCUGUUAGUGAAGGAACAGAGGCCCUGCGUGGUGUGCGGCCUGUGUUUCAGGCACAGCAUUUUACUCCGCAGCUGUUUGAAUACCGAGGGCCUGACUCGGAGGCACAUUAAAGGGUGACCACCUAGAAGCCGCUGUAGGAUAGAGGUGUGUGGCUUUCACUCUGGGCUCCCAUGAUGGGGAGAUUGUCUGAAUCUUCUCUGCACAUCUUGUACUUUCCAUUAAACCUUGUUUCAGUGAGAGGGCGCUCUGGGGGAAGAGCGAAGAUCUGAGGUAUCUGCAGAUCACCAGGGUAUUUUAGGGGUUAGUGACAGGGCUUGCGUGUUUAAAAAAAAAAAAAAAAAGACUUCAGGGCCUUAACUGGUCUCUCAAGCCGUUUCAGUUUUAUCAUAAACGUUUUCCUGGUCCUUUCCUUUGUCUUUUUCUGUUUCAUUUUUAUAUUGCUUCAUUUAUUUCUUUGCUUUUGGCUUGAUUAUUACAAAAAUAAUUAUGGGUUCUGUUAUUCACAUUGACUGUGAUAUUAAGUUGUAGCAUGCUAUUAAGUUUUCCAGACGAUGCUAGAUGUAUUUGCUUAGUUCAUGUCAUCUGUAAAUACAAUUCCUUUUUGUAGAACUUUGGAAUGGAGCCUUUUUCUAUGUAUUAUACAUCAUUUAAAUUUCACAUGCAAGCUGCUUUUAGUAAAGGUUUGAAUAUUUGUAGUUUUCAGAUGGUUACUCUUACUUUCUAAUACUUACGCGACGACCGUUUAUUUAUCUUAAGGCAAUUGGCUGAAUAUCUGAUGUACAUGACACUUUCACACAGAUCAACACUUUGGAAGUGUUUCAUAGGUGUAAUGCAUCGGUCACACGAGUUCAAACACAUUUCCUGACCUAUUUCACCAGCAAUCCAUGGAAGA